UUGAAGCGGACUCACGUUGCACGAAUGUGUCUAGAGCUCGGGAAUACCAGGCGAGUUCGCUUUGUGACUGAGACCUCAUUAAAAAUAGUUUCAUUACGACCAGGCGACCCGUUCACCGAAAAAGACAUUGAAGUGGAGACACGCGUGCGGGGUAAAAGUGCUCAAGACAAACCACCUCUCUGCAUUCCACAGAGAUUAAAGGACCCCAUGGAACCCAUUCCUGUUGUUGACCAUAUGAAGACUCCCGGUGACCAGUGUGAUUGGCGGAAUUACCAAUGAUGUGUGACCAAAGUCAAGAGAUGCUCGCUGGUGACAGCGGCCCAGAUGGAGAGGAGCCUGUGAUACCAUCAGCUACAGGAGAAGGUGGCAGGGAAGACAGGAUUUCAUCAGGGCAACAGGUCAGAGGGGCUCAAUUCAGAAAUGUCAGGGUUCACAAGUAUGGCGCAUCAGGUGGAGAAGUGGGACAGGAAGACGAGGAGAUGACUAGUGGAUCGCACGACCUGUCCUCCCCAGACAAUCACAGCACUGGAAGUGCCACAGGAUCCACCUCUGCCUCCACAAAGAGCAGUGUGAAUGCAUACGGCAGUAAAGGUCACGUACAUAAAGAGAUGAUGUGCACAGUAGGUGAGAUGAAGAAGAGGCUUCCAUCUGACAAACGCAGCCGUAGCAAAGCCAGCACUGUGGAGGCCUUGCAUUAUGCCCUCAAAUGUGUCAAGCAAGUGCAAGCCAAUAGCGAGUAUUACAAAUUGCUCAUGCGAAAUGGUCAGGAUGAGAAGAGCAAUGCCACUGCUUGCACUCGUGAAGAGCUGGAGAGAGUCACCUCAGAGCACACCCUUAAAAACACGGACUCCUUCGUGGUGGUGGUCUCCCUGUCGAGUGGCCGUGUUCUGCAUGCAUCCGAGCAGGCUCCCAGCAUCCUAUGCUGCAAGAGGAAGUUCCUUGAGUCGGCCAAAUUUGUUGAGUUGCUCUUCCACCAGGAUGUAAACGUCUUCUACUCGCACACGGCACAGCCUCAUCUCCCGCCCUGGACCAACUCGCACACAGCGGGGGUUCUAUUUGACUCUGCCCAGGUCAAAUCUUUCUUCUGCAGAAUCAGAGGUGGCAAGGAUCGUGAGGGUGAGAUGCGCUACAACCCAUUUCGUGUCACACCUUACCAGCUGAAAGUGCAGGGAACGGGGAGCAGUGGGGAGGAGGAGGAACUGUGCUGCUUGGCGCUGGCUGAACGCAUUAUUUCUGGAUAUGAGGCACCUCGAAUCCCCAUGGACAAGCGCAUCUUCACCACCACACAUUCGCCCGGCUGUGUGUUCCUCGAGGUGGACGACAGGGCAGUGCCAUUGCUGGGGUACCUUCCUCAAGAUCUGAUUGGCACCUCAUUGCUAACGAGCAUUCAUCCAGACGACCGUGCCCUCUUGCUGUCUAUGCACCGAAAGGUAUUGAAGUAUGCAGGUCAGCCACCGUUUGAACACUCGCCGGUUCGAUUGCGCUGUCAGAAUGGAGACUACAUCACGUUGGACACCAGCUGGUCCAGCUUCAUCAACCCUUGGAGCCGGAAAGUGGCCUUCAUCAUAGGACGCCACAAAGUCAGAACAAGUCCACUGAAUGAGGAUGUGUUUGCUGCCCCGAGUAAAGUGGAUUUAACUGUGACCCAUGAAGAAAUUAAAGCUUUGCAAGCCAAAAUCUAUAAACUCUUCUUGCAGCCUGUUCAUAACAACGGUUCCAGUGGGUAUGGCAGUUUAGGAAGUAACGGUUCCCAUGAGCAUUAUAUCAGCGUAGCUUCUUCGAGUGACAGCAAUGGUAACUUGUGGGAGGACUCGCACCGGGAACCCAUGUCACUUCAGCAAAUCUGUGCAGAUGUGAAUAGAGUCAGGAAUUGGAGGCAACAGUCCCAUUUUGAUUACAGCCACAAAAUUGCUCUUCUUCGAAAACCCACCCCAGCACACUUGAUUCCGAUAGCCUCCAAUCGUGAAGUGAGGGAUCCUGAAGAAAGCAGGAAACAAACACACAUUCCCUCCUACCAGCAGAUCAACUGUGUGGACAACAUCAUUAGAUAUUUGGAGAGCUGUACUGGCCCAGCUCUGAAAAGGAAGAGCGAAAUUCAUUCCCUAGCCACUUCUUCUUCCUCAUCCUCUACCUCUGAAGAUGACAAACCUGCCAGAGCCAAUGACACAGCUCAAACUGCUUCAGAUGUGGCGAUGUUGGAAAGUGAAGUGUCGAUCGGUCCAUGCACAGCAGCUGUUGUUGGAGCUCCUCUGACAGACAUCACCAUGUCCACUAAGGCAAUGAGUGUGGUCUCUGUGACCAGUCAGUGUUCAUACAGCAGCACCAUCGUCCAUGUGCCCCAACCUGAAUCAGAGGCAACAGCCCUAGAGGACGUGCCAAUGGGAAGCGAGCCCACUGAUCCUGCUCCAGCCCCGCUCCGUCCUGCACCUUGUCCUGCAACUGAGGAGCGAAGAUUUGUAGGUCUCACCAAGGAGGUGCUUUCAGCUCACACGCAGAAGGAGGAGCAAGAGUAUGUGGACCGAUUCCGUAAUCGUAUUCUUCAGAGCCCCUACAGUUUCUAUCUCCAGCUGGACAACAGCUCCAUGGCUCACUCCCAACACAGAGGUGAAUAUCCACAUACAAUGCACAUUGGUGGGCUGAACCGCUCGCGAAAAGUAAAGCCCAGACUUAGGCGCCCCAAACCCCUCGUCUCAUCAGACAGCUAUACCUCUCCACCUGGACCCCCUCGUCGUGUCCUGGACUCCUCCUGGCCCUCCUCAGAAUCCUCCCAGCCACAGAUGGCAGUGCCCUACAGUCAAGCGUCCCCACUUCAAGCGCCAUUCUUUCCCAUGUUGACGAGCCAACCUGCCCCAGAGCAACCGCCAAGACUGCAACAGCUACCUGGAGCCACUCCUGUGGUGGUGCAGCCCCCUGAUCAGACCCAGCUCAACUACAACUUCCACCUCAUGCCGCAAAACCAGAACCUGCCAGGCAUCCAACAUAUCCAGAUGGAACCCUUCCAGAAUCUGCAGAAUAUCCCCAAUUUUAACAACAUGCAGCCGAUGGCUCCAGCCCAGAGUAUCAAUCCCUUCAUGACACCUGUCAUGGCUGUCAUCCUGCCCAACUACCCAAGUUUCACAUCAGGUUAUCCAUCUAUUUACUCCCCCUCCCCUAACUCCAUGCUGCCCCAGACACCCAUCACUAUGGAAGGAUUCACCCCUGCUGCCCCCUUCCCGCAACCCCAGUUCCAAGCCCAGCCUGUGCCCCAAACACAGACCUCCCCUGGUCCCUCGCUAGGCUCACCCAGGGCCUGCUCCUCUGCCGAGGAGGAGACAGCAGACCCGCGUGCGUUAUUCUCCAGCUCACGCUCAAGUUCUCCACUUCAGCUCAACUUGCUGCAGGAGGAACUACCAAAACCAAAUGAAUUACAGAGCAGCACUCGACACAACAUUGCAGAAAGCCUUCAUGAGCAGGCUGACAAUGAGGGUGAUGCCCCGAGUGAUUCUGGGAACCAUGAUGCUCAGUCCACAUCCAGUGAGCUGCUUGACCUCCUGCUGCAUGAAGAUGCACGGUCAGGGACUGGCUCCAAUGUCUCUGGGUCUGGAUCAGGGGAGUCUGGAGGCUCACUGGGAUCUGGAUCUGGCUCCAAUGGAACCUCUACCUCGCUCACUGGCGUUGCAUGGAGCAAGGCUGUGUGGAGUAUUGGAUGGAGCCAACAGCGACGUCCGCCGACGUUCCAAGAGCCCACUAGCGGCUAAUGACACAGCCGUCCAACUCACUCACUGUGUGAUCUGCGUGCCGGCUCACCACAGAAAUGACAAUUUAUCGAGUCCGGAAAAACUAUCGUGUCCAUUUUAUUUAUCAAACGAUAAGUUGAUAUAGUAAUUAUCGUGACAGGCCUAGUGGUUGCUGAUUUAAUUCCAGGAUGUUAUUUGUUCAUCUAGAACAAUAUGAUCCGAACCAAUUCAUUGGCUUGAAAUCAAUUCACUAACUUUUUAGCCACAGAUUCAACCAGUGUGACUGCAUACUGGACAGUGCAGGUGAAGUUUUCUAGAUUAUUUUUGUUUCUUGUAAGGAAAUCAGGUAUAAUUAAUAAUGAUAACAAAUAAUCCAUCCAUCGUCAACACCACUUAUCCUGGUUAGGGUCGCGGGGUGCUGGAACCUAUCCCAGCUGACUUCAGGCGAAAGGCGGACUAUACCCUGAACUGGCCGCCAGUCAAUCGCAGCACACACAGACAACCAUUCACACUCACAUUCACACUGUCACUGAGUGGGAACUGAUCCCACGCUGCCAGCACCAAAGUCAGGCGAGUGUACCACUACACCAUCAGUGACUUAAACAAAUAAUAAACAACAAAUAAUGGCAAAUCCAGUCACACUUUAUUUGAAUAAAGUACAGGUAACAGGUUGGAUUAACAGUAGGUUUAGCUGUUCAAUUCCUUUUGUUUUUGUUGUAUACUGAAGACAUUUGGGUUUCAGAUCAAAAUAUGACCAUGAGAGUAAAGUUCAGAAUUCCAGCUUUUAUGUCAUGGUAUUUACAUCUAGGUGUGUUAAACAACUCAGGACAGAGCAUCUUUUGUUUGAACGCAACCAGUUUUCAAGUGAGCAAAGGUACUGGCACAUGUGAUGGGUGUUUCUAGUUGCUCGGGUGUUGCCUUUUAGAUUGAUUGCUUGAACAGUGCUUGUUUUUGGCUUUGGGUUUCACCACUGAAAGCUGCAUUUACUGUUAAGCAAGCAUGAAGACGAGAGCUUUCUAUCGGAGAAAAGCCAUCCAUUUUGAAGCUGAGAGAAGAGGGAAAAUCGAUCAAAGCUAUUGCACAAACAUUGGGCAUAGCCAAUACAACAAUUUGGAAUGUCAUGAAAAAGAGAGAAACUACUGGUGUACUGAGCAACAGACAUCGAACAGGUCGGCUAAGGGUAUCAGUUGAUGGCAGAAACAUUGUGAGAGCUGUGAAGAAACACCAAAAGACAACAGUCAGUGACAUCACUGCCAACCUCCACAGGGCAGGGGUGAAAGUAUCGCAAUCCACUGUUCGAAGAAGACUUUGAGAGAAGAAAUAUUCAGGCCAUUCCACAAGAUACAAAUCACUCAUCAGCAAAAAGAAUGGGGAGGCCAGGUUGGAUUUUGCAAAGUACAGAGAGGCGCCACAAAGGUUUUGGAACAAAGUUUUAUGGACUGUUGAGACCAAGAUUAACCUCUACCAAAGUGAUGGAAAAGACAGAGUAUGGAGAAAGAAAUAAUCUUAUGAUCCAAAACACUCAAGCUCAUCUGUGAAGCAUGGUGGAGGUAAUGUUGUGGCUUGUGCUUGCAUGGCUGCUUCUGGAACGGGCUCACUAGUCUUUAUUGAAGAUGUAACUCAUGAUGGUAGCAGCAGAAUAAAUUCUGAAGUAUACGAAAUAAUCUUAUCUGGCAAUUUACUAAAAAAUGCGUUCAAACUAAGCCGGAGAAGCUUCAUUGUGCAAGACAAUGACCCAAAACACACUGCCAACACAACAAAUGACUUUAUCAGGGGGGGAAAGUGGAAGGUCGUAGACUGGCCUAAUCAAUUACCAGACCUUAACCCAAUAGAGCAUGCAUUUUACCUCUGAAAGAGGCGACUGAAGGGAGACCCCCCCCCCCCCCCCCCCAGAAACAAACAAGAACUAAAAGAGACUGCAGUAAAGGCCUGGAAAAGCAUUUCAAAUGAACAAUGCUACAGUCUGGUGAAUUGAAUGGGUCGCAGGCUUGAUGCAGUUAUUGCAAGUUAUGCCACCAAAUAUUAAAUGUUACUCACUUUAAGUUAAUUUAAUAAUGUCUCUACCACCCACACACCCAUCAAUCACAUGUUCCAAUACCUUUGGUCACUUGAAAAGUGGGUGGGUUCAAACAAAAGGUGCUCUGUUCUGAGUUUAACAUCUGGAUGUAAAACCCAUGAAAUAAAAGCUGGAGUUCUGAACUUUUGUCUCAUAUUCAUCUUUUGAUCUGAAACCCAAAGUACAAGUAUCUUAAGUACGCAACAAAAAGAAAGGAAUUGACCUUUCCAAUACUUUUGGAGGGGACUGUAUGUCCGUGAUGGAAUUUUAUACCUUGGCUUAAACGUGUUCAGUAACAUUAUAAAUGUCUCAUGUCCACCACCGAAAAUGGCUGCAGGCCUUGGUAAUGAGUUCUCCGAUACGUCUUGAGAUUAGUUGCGGUCUCGUGCUGUCAUGAGAAAAACCUGGUGGUGGUUUCACAAAAACACAAAGUUAUAGAAAAUGCUACAUCUGAGCCAAAGUCUUGCAAAAUUAGCUUGAUUGUAUGACUUGGGGCAUUGUGAAUACUCCAUGAACAACUUUGCUGCUAAUAGUAGAUGGUGACUGAUUCCCAGUUUACCUGUGGUUACAGGCAGCAGCAACAGCAGCAAAUACUUUGCCAGCAACGAUUCUUCAGACACAUCACGCAAAACCCGCAAGAACCAGGAAGCGCCAGCAGA